UCUGCCACUCUCAAUCCUCGCAGAAUGGUCUGGAGAAUACGAAGCCUACUGGUACUUGGGACGGUGGAACUCCAACGGCAAGUUCCACGUGAUCACACUCUUCAGGUGAUGCAUGGAAAGUAGUCCCAUAACCAGCCCAUAACCAGUUAGGCUGCACUCUGGGCUGGGCUGACCCAAAACCAGCACAUAGGCUCACUUUGGCUGGGCACUAUCUCCUGUGUGGUUCACACUUCACUGGAACUGGAAUUACAUUCCCAUCCAUGAUUCAGAUGAGUCGAUAAGGGUAACCAAACACUGUUAUCAUGAUCCAUGAAGAACAUGUUGAGUUGAGAACCCGAAAUUGUAGAUUUUAGAAGAGGUGAAACUGCCAUCAGGGUUUUCUUAACUUGAGAUUUAUAUUUUGAAUUACCAGAAUAAUCUGAAAUUCAGGUUUAAUGGGUAUCAAUGAAUUUAAAACACAAUACGUCAGUGAUUCAUUGCAUUAAACUACUGUCAGUUUUGCAACUUUAGUUAAGUUUUUAGAAGUUGGAGAGGAAUCCAUGUGAAGAAGUGUAGUGGUAAUUCUAGGGUAUUUGGGUUUUUCUUCAGGAAUAAUUUGUGAAUUAUUGAAUGCUCAACCUAGUGUGUGUAUGUGUGUAUUUAUUUAUUCAUUUCUUUUCUGUAUAAGUUGCCUUAUGCCUAUGAUUUUUAUAGCUCAAGUAAACUCCUUGGUGGAAGAAAUCUAAUGGUGGUCAAGAUGGUGAAGAGGAAAAAGGGUUCAGAGAGAAAUUCAAAAACUGGUUUUGAGCAUUUUCUUGAAAUGGAUACGAAGAAAAAUAUAACUGCUAAAGAUGAUUUGAAGUGGGAAAGAAAAUUAGCAAAGAAACUUAGGGUUAAGGAGGGGAAACUAUGGGGAGUGGAUGAUGGCAUCAAUUCUUUAUUUGAAGAAAUCCCAUCUGUUGUUGAUUCCCUAGGGGAGGGAGAAAUCUUGGAGGCUCAAAAAUUUUCUUUGGGAAGUUCAGUGAAGAAGAGGAAAAAAUCAGGGCUAGUUGUGGAAACCAGUAGUGGAGAUGUGGCAUUGGAACACGUUUCUAUCAAGAUGUGUUCAAGUAAGAAACAUGAGAAGGAGUUAUUGGAGCAAGGGCCAGAAGGUGAGAUGGCCCACAUGGUGGCAAUUAGGGUUGCAAAGCCUGUCAAAACAUUUGGUCCAGAGGUUGUAAUGGAAAAAGCACCUGCAUUAGAGGAAAGUAUAAAAUACAAAGCUCCAUACUUGAGAUCUUGUGCAGGAAAUGAGUUAGAAGAGUACCAUCAAAUUCAGAGACAAAUAAGAGGUCUUUUGAACAGGCUUUCUGAAUCUAAUUUGGAAUCAAUUACCAAGGAAAUGGUCACAAUCUUCCAUUCUGUUGAUCGCAGUGUUAGUUCUCAGAUUAUCACUGAGGAGGUUUUGGCAUCAUGUUCUGGAGGUCAACGUGGCAAUGAACAGUAUGCUGCAGUUUUUGCAGCUUUUGUUGCGGGCAUGGCUUAUCUUGUUGGGAAUGACUUUAGUGCAGAGCUUGUGGCUUCUCUUGCUAAAUCUUUUGAGGAUGAGUACUUGAGAAAUGAAGAACUUUCGUUGAGAAAUCUGACUCUUCUACUUUCCUAUUUAUACAUUUUUAAUGUUUUCACAAGUGAUUUAAUAUAUGACUUGCUGAUCAUUUUGAGCAAACAAUUGCUGGAGAUUGACGUCUCUACCAUCUUGACUAUUCUACAAUGUUCUGGUAUGAAACUAAGGCAUGAUGAUCCUGUUGCCAUGAAAAAUUUUAUUCUGAGUGUUCAGAAUAGGAUGAAUGAGCUGAAGGCCACCUCUGAAGAUGGCAAGUCAAACAUAAACAACAAAAGAAUGGAGUUCAUGCUCGAAACCAUAUGCAAUAUCAAGAACAACAAAAAGAGCCCUAAAGAGGACACUCUGCAAUAUGCACAGAUAAACAAAUGGUUACAGAAGCUAAGAGUAGAAGAUAUUGUAAUUAGAGGGCUCAAAUGGAGUAAGCUGCUUGAUCCAGACAAAAGUGGCCACUGGUGGUUGUCCAGUAAUAUGGCUUUCCUAGCAGACAAUGCUGAAGAAGUUGCCGCCAGAAUUGACGGGGAGGUUCUUGAAGUCCAGAAAAUGCUGCAGCUUGCUGCCACACUAGGGAUGAACACAGAUGCCAGAAGGGCAAUCUUUUGUAUAAUAAUGACUUCAGUGGAUGUCCUUGAUGCAUUUCAGAAACUUCUGAGGUUGGAUUUGCCUGGGAAGCAGGAUAGAGACAUCAUGCGAGUUAUCCUCAUAUGCUGUUUACGGGAGGAACUAUUUAACAAAUAUUACACCAUUCUGGCAUCACAUUUGUGCAAACAUGACAAAAACCAGAAGUAUACUUUGCAGUAUUGCCUCUGGGACCAUUUCAAAAGGCUGGAAUCAAUGGACCCAAUGACAUCUUUGCAUCUGGCAAGAUUUGUCGCCGAGAUGCUCGCUUCUUUCACACUCUCUCUGGCAGUUCUGAAGACCGUUGGACUGAGCGACUCCAAGCAGCUCACCCCAACAAGGAUUAUGCACUUCCGGAUGAUAUUUGAGGCUAUAUUUAAGAAUCCAGAUAGGGUGGUGUGGAACAUAUUUAAGCGCAUAGCUGCCACUCCCGAGCUUGAAACCCUUCGCAAUGGCAUCAAGUUCUUCAUCAGGGAGUAUGUGGUGAGCAGGAAUAAAGGCUUUGCUGGAAAAUUCAAAGUUGCAAAGAGAGCCCUCAACAGUGUGGAAGUUCUUUUGUAUUGAGUUGGAAGAUGGGGUUAGUGGUGAGGCCAAGUUUUGGUAGUUUAUUCAUUACUUUGUUGGCAUCCAAAUUUGCUUUGAUGCCAUUGUGGGGUAAACAACCACCACAUCUUAGAGGAUGAGCAAUCAUUUAGAAACGAAGGAUUAUAGUAUCUAAUUGAAAAGUUAGUUUUAUUAGCUCCAUUGGCUUACCUUGUAGUCACUGCUCACUGACUGCAAUAUUUUUUGUGGGGGAUAAAUAGGGUUUAUUUUUUAGACAAUAGUUAACAAACAGACCCUUAAUUUU